UUAAGCAUAUAGUGGACUUAAGAAUAGAAUAUAGAUAUCAUCUUUUAACCUACACAUAAUACUGAAAUCACUUCAUACUCCAGCACAGGAUGUGGUGGUAUGCACCAAAAAGCUGGCAUGCUCCCCGCCAAUAAAUCCACAGAAGACGAAGAAGAAAGAAGGAAGUGAGCGAGACGAGCACGAGCAAAAGAAGAAAAAAGGUCGUUUUCUCGUGACUUAUUUGAUUAUGAUGAAUACUUAAUAUAAUACAUAAUAAUAUAGGCUAAUUUAGCCUGUCAGCAAUUGUCACGUUUAAUGUGUUGCAUAAGCAUGAUGUGUUAAUGAGAUUUAUGUGGAUACUGACAUGGUAUAGUUUGUAUAUUAAUUACAUAUAGACUAGCUGUAUAUUCAAAUCAACAUGUUACUUCUGUCUUCAUUGCUUUUAUCUUUUUAAAUAGGUUUUCAAGAAUUGCAGUUUUUGAGCCACUGAACAAAAACAAUGGAGCGGCUGAAAGCUCGAUAUGUGGACGAUCACAGUGCAGAACUCAUCCAGAGGGUUAGUGUUGUGAUGCCCAUAGCUGAUGCACUGAAGUCUGAUGACAUAAUUCACAAUGAAACAUACUCAAAGAUUAAGACAGCUUCUACAAAUCAGGAUAAAAUGAGAGAGCUCCUUGGUGCUCUGAACACUGACAAAGCAAAAUCUGAUUUUUUACGAUUUGCUUAAAGAGAACGACAAAUUCCUGGUUGAAGAUCUUGAACAAGUUUUUGUACAAGUUCAACAAGGGAUUAAAAGGAGAACCAGAAAUUGUUCAUCAGAAGAACCGGAAAUUGAACCUUGCCCUAAAUAUGCAAAAACAGUACAAGAGCAAAAUAUCAAACAAAAGACAAAAGAGGAAAAACAAAACUCCUCCAAAAUACAUAGUACAAAAAUAGAUCAGCUGUUAAAAGAGACUGACAUCAAAAAAGUAGGGAAUCUCUCCUUUUCUAAAGAUAAGAAGUACAUUAUUGGCUCUGGACGAAGCAGCACAGUGUAUAUUGUCUUGAGUGAAGAUGGCACUGAGGUGGCCAUUAAACGAAUCACAAAGAACCCAAAGAACGACAAAGACUUUGAAAAUGAACUGAAGUGUCUACAAGAUUUAAAGCUUGAGAGCAAGUAUAUCGUCAGGUAUGUGACCUUUGCAGAGGAUGAAGAUUUUUACUAUCUUGCAAACCAGCUUUGUGAGUCUGAUCUGGAGGACUACAUGGAAAAUCGUCCAAAAGAACAAAAUGACGAGACCAUUUUGAGGGAAAAAGUCAAGGAGAUGCUUCUUGGCCUUCAAGUUCUUCAUCAUGCUGGAGUGAUACACCGUGAUAUAAAGCCUAGAAAUGUUUUGAUAGAUACAGAAGGAAGGGCAAGGCUGGCCGACUUUGGUAUUAGUCGCAAACUGGAUGAAGGAAAAAGCACAGUGUAUACUGACAGAGCUGGAACACAAGGCUGGGAGGCAACAGAGAUCCUGAAUCAGACUGAUUCAAAGCGCCGUUACAAAAAGAGCUCAGACAUCCAGGUUGCAGGGAUGUUAACCUAUUACAUCCUCUCUGAUGGGAAACAUCCUUUUGGAGAUGAGAACAGUUCAAAAGGAGAAUAUUCUCUUGACAAUGUCCAAGACAAAAAAAGCAAUGGAUCUCAUAGAAUGGAUGAUCAAUAAAGGCCAAGAGAAGAGACCAACCAUUGACAAGGUCUUAGAUCACCCUUAUUUCUGGGAUGAUAAAAGGAUAAGGGAAGUUCUUCACAAUCUGGGUAAUAAAGAGGACGUCCAGGAAUAUAAGAACUAUGAAAACAAUAAAGAGCUUUACGACACUGUACAGAAAUACACAAAGGGAAAAUCCUUUUCUGAUUGGAAGUCAAACGCUCCUGAGACAUGGACAAAAAUUGGCAAAGGUCUUCCCAAUGACUUACUUGGCCUACUACGGUAUUUGCGCAAUGCACUGGGACAUCAGGAAAAACUUUUCUAUGAAGAGAAGAUGAUUGAUAAGUUCCCAGAUUUCCUCAUCUGUUUACACCGGUUGGCUACUGACAUGGGCUGGGAAUACUGAAGAGGCAGAGAAAUUGGAUGUUGGACAUCUAUAGCCCAUGGCGUGAUCCCCCCUCCCCACCAAAAAAAACAGUUCAGCAGAAAUCCCACCCUGGAGCCAAUUCUAGAGAUUUAAUUGGCCAUGCAUGUCAAUCACAGUGACGAUUGCCUGCACCAAACACUGAUCCCUAAACCUACCCGUCACUAUAACAUCAGCCAAUGAAAUUGGUUGCAGGGCGGGAUUUCCGCUGAACUAGUUUGUAUAAUGUUGUUGUUAUGAAUCCCCAUUGCUCAGUUCUAAACUCCACAAUACUGGGUUCAGCUCAAGACUGUUGGCGGUGGUUUCAAGGCCUGCACAUCUUUGCUAUCAAGUUUUUGACUUAUAUUCAAUAUUGACAUUUUUGACUUGCUGUUUAUAUGCAUUAAAUCAGUAAUGUAAUGAUUUUAACAUAAUUGCCCAGAUCAUAUUUCAAAGGCAGAUAUCACAAUUUGGCCAAAAAAUGACUUAGGCAAUUAUGCUAUGAGGCUAACGAUAUGCUUUGCUUCUUUUCCCAUGUGAAUUUCAUUCAUAUAUAUAUAUAUAUAUAUAUAUAUAUAUAUAUAUAUAUAUAUAUAU